UUAUUACUUGAGGGUAUGAGGUCACUAUUUUCGUGCGUUUCGGUUCCACGCGUGCACUGGGAGCUCACCACGGAGGUGCGCGUGGAAGCCUCCAGUCCUGGUGUAACAGAGUCAGAACAGAGACAAGAGCGCCACCCAAAGUCGGCCUUAGUCAUCCAAACGUCAUAAAAGUGCCCGACCGUGCCACAGCGUUAACGCCACUUUUCAUUUUUACGCAAGGUGCCGUACCGCAUGCGGUCAGUGCGCGUGACUGACGGCGGCAGCUGCGAUGCUGAGUGAGGAGUUUUCACAGGGGACUCCGCGGCUGUGGAGAGCCUGAUUCGGAAGCAACGUGAGGAGCGCACAUACCUCCAGAAAAACGGGGAGACAAACGAGACGCCGCGCAGCUGCCGCGGGCGCACACAGGAGAAAUCUUUGCGUGCGCGUAGCAUGGGAGCGUUAUGUUGUCCAGGAAAGGACUUAUUCCUGAGGAUUACUUGCUGACCCGUUUGGCGGAGGAUGUCCUGCAGCCAAAGUUUCAGGCCAAACCGAGGAAGGCUCGGUUCGUCGCCAAAAGCGGCACCUGCAAUGUGGCGCACACCAACAUCCGCGAGCAGGGCCGCUUCCUGCAGGACGUCUUCACCACGCUUGUGGACUUAAAAUGGCUUCACACGCUCAUCAUCUUCACCAUGUCAUUUCUGUGCAGCUGGCUCCUUUUCGGGAUGAUCUGGUGGCUGGUCGCCUUUGCGCACGGGGAUCUGGACCAGAGAGAAGAGGAGGGCUUUGUUCCGUGCGUAACGGACAUCCACUCCUUCUCCUCCGCUUUCCUCUUCUCCAUAGAGGUCCAGGUGACCAUCGGCUUCGGAGGACGGAUGAUCACGGAGGAGUGCGUGUCCGCCAUCAUCAUCCUGAUCGUGCAGAACAUCGUGGGCCUGGUCAUCAACGCCAUCAUGCUCGGCUGUAUCUUCAUGAAAACCGCGCAGGCCAACCGGCGCGCGGAGACGCUCAUUUUCAGCAAGCACGCGGUUAUCUCUGUGCGCAACAACAAGCUCUGCUUCAUGGUCCGCAUCGGGGACCUGAGGAAGAGCAUGAUCAUCAGCGCCACCGUGAGGAUGCAGGUGGUGAGGAAAACCACCACCGAGGAAGGCGAGGUGGUGCCUCUGGACCAGAUCGACAUCCACAUGGACAACCCGGUGGGCACGAACGGGGUCUUCCUCGUGUCCCCCCUCAUCAUCUGUCACGUGAUCGACAAGGACAGCCCGCUGUACGAGCUGUCCGCCUUCGACCUGCAGCACGAGGACAUCGAGGUGAUCGUAGUGCUGGAGGGCGUGGUGGAGACCACCGGGAUCACCACGCAGGCCCGGACCUCCUACGUGUCCGAGGAGAUCCUGUGGGGGCAGCGCUUCGUGCCCACCGUGUCCGAGGAGGACGGCAUGUACGCGGUGGAUUACUCCAAAUUCGGUAACACGGUGAGGGUGCCGACGCCGUGCUGCAGCGCCAAGAAACUGGACCAGGUCGGCGGCAUCGCGCAGUACAAAGUGAACGAGGGCGUCACCUUGAGGCCGUCGGGGAGAAGACGCCGCGGGUCGGUGGUGGUGCGGCGGCGCAGGAUGGACAGUUAGUGCGCGACGGGGAGACGUGCACACAUCAAGAUUUUUUUUUACUCAGGGUCAGCGGGAGAGAGAGGAACAGAAUGUACUUAAAGUCCACAGUUUGAUACCAGUUAAAAAAAAAAACCCCUGCACAUCACUGCUUUUUAUGAUAAUGUAAUAUAAGUUCAAAUUUAAAGAUCAGUUUACCUACAUUUAUCCAUGACAGCAAAAUAAAU